AUGGCCAACCAUGGCCCAAGUUAUGGUCUGAGCCGAGAGCUGCAAAAGAAGAACGACGCUCGAUUCGUCCUGGAAGAAGCGAUUGAAGUGUUGACGUGGAUUGAGAAUGUGACAGGAGAAAGGUUCUCAUUCGACGUCACCACCUGUGAAUCCUCCACAGAUGUUAGCAAUCUCCUGAAGGAUGGUGUCAUGUUGUGUAAACUGAUUGAGAAGUUGGAUCCACAGUGUCGUGUGGUGUACAAUAAAAAACCAAAGAUGGCUUUUCCAAUGAUGGAGAACAUUUCCAACUUCUUGGCAGCUGCGAAACGAUUUGGUGUUAUGGAGAUCAGCUGCUUCCAGACUGUGGAUUUGUAUGAGAAUAAACAGUGUUAUAAGGUAAUCGAAUGUCUCCGUCUUCUCGCCGCCGUCGCCCAAAUGCGUUCCUCCCAUCUCGAUCAUCCAGCGUGGGUUGUGAAACUCGCUCAAUCCUCGCCAAGACAAUUCCCAGAAGCUGUGAUGAGAAGGGGCGAGAUGGUUAUCCCGUUACAGUACGGUACCAAUAAAUGUGCAUCUCAAAAAGGAAUGUCUCCGUACGGAUUACCAAGGCAAAUCAAGCCAGAUCCACAUGGAUGA